AUGCCAGAGUCAGCUCUCAUUGGCACGCCGCCAGCGACCGAAUCUGACUACUGGAUCGUUCGGUACUUCCUGCUCGCUGCAGGCAUUCCGGCAGAGAAUGUUGAUCCAAGUCAAGGGGCUAGCUUUCCCCCUUUCCGUCCACCUCCAGAUCAAUAUGUGUUCGAGACACGGGGACCUGAAAUGAUUACCGGUGCCUCUAUCGCCAUUGGUGCUAUGCUCUUCUUUACCAUCACCCGUAUCCUGUUACGGUCGUUCAAGUCAGGUCUGCGAUGGGGCGCAGAUGAUUAUCUCAUCGUACCGGGUGUAAUUUUGGCUGUGGCCUAUACAGCGCUUCAGAUUGCGGUGGCUCAGUAUGGCGGAUGCGGUAAACAUCUCUAUGAUAUAACGUAUCACGAGUUUUACAUAUCCACCAUGCUAGGAAAUAUUGGCAAAAUGUUCUUCUUCGUUUCUGUUGGAGUCAUCAAGAUGUCUAUCGUCAUGUUCAACAGGCGGUUGACUGGCUUGACCUCUUCCCGGUGGAUGAUUGCCCACUGGACCUUCUUUGCUUUGUUGGUUAUCUACACACUUUGCGCCGUUCUCAUGGUUGUCUUUCAAUGCAACCCCCAAGAAGCCAAUUUUGACCUGAUUGCCGCGGGAAAACUCAAUUCGCCAAAGAAAUGUCUGUCUGAGAACCAAAUCGGGAUCAGCCUAAGCACCAUACACGUGGUGAUGGACUUUUGCCUUCUGUCGGUGCCAAUUAUUGUGCUAUGGAAGGUCCAGAUGCGCUGGUCUGCCAAGUUCCGCUUCUUCGUUAUCUUUGGUGUUGGAGCCAUGUCCUGUAUUGGCAGUGUGCUCAGACAGAUUGAGCAGGCGAAUCUCAAGACGGAUAUUUUAUACAAUUAUGUAGACCUCUUCACAUGGACCUCAGUGGAUCUGACCUGCGGAGUCAUCGCCGCCAAUCUUCCGGCAUUGGGCGUCAUCAUUCCCCGCACUCGCAAGGAUUUUUACAAGACCUUCUCAUACUUCUCAUACUUCUCGUCGACCAAAACCAGCGGCAGCAGACCGUCAUUCCGCGGCGGACAGAAACCCCUCGGUGACAGCACCGUGGUCCCCCGUUCGACAAGUGAUGAUAGCCAGGUCGGAACUCUCUAUCAUCCUGAUGACUUUGAGCUUCUUCAAUCCCAAACAAAAGGCAGCGAUGUGACCAAGUUCCCUUACGCUUCCGAGACUGAGGAGUGGGUUCAAGAUGGGGGGUAUGGGCGGCAUCACAUGGGAAACGAUGCAAAAGUUUAG